AUGGAAGGAGAGGAAGGUGAGCAGUUACCGUUCCUGGACGUUGAAGUAAUUCGCUCUAAUGUGACGCUAAAGAAGAAAUUGUUCAAAAGGAAGUCGUAUGCCAUGAUAAUACCAAAUUUCCGGUCUCAUGACAAUUACAGGCUAAAGAUAGAAAUGACCAUCCGAAGCCUACGUUUAACGGAUGUGGAAUUCUGUUACGAGGAAUUGAAAAAAAUUGAUUGGGAUAUACCUUGGCAACGGCAGCCUAAGCGAAGUAAUACAAAGAAAAAUACGAGCCGUGAAAAUCCGAUGACAGAACAGGGACUACGAAAGAAGAGUAAGGACGGAGAAGGAUUCACAAAAGUGUAUGUGCCCACCUUCAUGGCCAAUAUUAAAGAAAUGAAAUGUUCGGGUGGCCAUGAAAAAGAAACCAACGCUUUUCACAAGUCUACCGACGCAACAUGA